CAUGACAUCAAUCUUGCCACUCUGUCACGUUAUGAUAUUUGACCAUGGUGCUCGUUAUGACCAUGGUGCUCUCCGGCGGGUAUGUCUUCACGCAAGCUGUGCUUGGAACGUUUUGUUACCACACUCGGCAUAGAUUGAUGUCACAUGACGUAGACCACACUCGGCAUCAGUCUAUGCCGAGUGUGGUCUACGUCAUGUGACAUCAGUCUAUGCCGAGUGUGGUCUACGUCAUGUGACAUCAGUCUAUGCCGAGUGUGGUCUACGUCAUGUGACAUCAGUCUAUGCCGAGUGUGGUCUAUGUCAUGUGACCUCAAUCUAUGCCGAGUGUGGUCUACGUCAUGUGACCUCAAUCUAUGCCGAGUGUGGUCUACGUCAUGUGACAUCAAUCUAUGCCGAGUGUGGUCUACGUCAUGUGACCUCAAUCUAUGCCGAGUGUGGUCUGCGUCAUGUGACAUCAAUCUAUGCCGAGUGUGGUCUGCGUCAUGUGACAACAACCUAUGCCGUGUGGUCUACGUCAUGUGACAUCAGUCUAUGCCGAGUGUGGUCUGCGUCAUGUGACCUCAAUCUAUGCCGAGUGUGGUCUACACUAUGUCAUGUGACAUUUAAUGACAUGACAUCAAUCUGUGCCGAGUGUGGUCUACGUCAUGUGACAUCAGUCUAUGCCGAGUGUGAUCUACACUAUGUCACAGGACAUUUAAUGACAUGACAUCAAUCUAUGCCGAGUGUGGUCUACGUCAUGUGACAUUUAAUGACGUGACAUCAAUCUAUACCAAGUGUCCUCUAUGUCACGUGACACUGACACUGGAGACUCCUUCUAUACACGUUAAACAGGUUCGUAUGUGGAGCGUCCCCAAUACGAGACCCUGUGAUUAGGUAUUAGAAUGAGCAAGAUGAACCCGUGACUCGCCUUGCAGCUGGAACUACCUCUUGGAGGUUCUCGAGAUCCGGGCCGCUACCACGAAUUUGGAACAUAUCGGCGUAGGUUCGUCCUCAGCCACUGCUCCGUCUUCUCUGUCUUGUUUUUAAUUACGUUCACACGCAGUGCCUGUAUGAGGCGAAAAGGCGCCAGAAGGAGCCCCAGCAAGUGCAACUGGAGCUAAGGCAGCCGUCUGUGCGGAGCAGGAAUGUAAGGCUCGCUCAUUUGAAGUUAAAGAUAGAGGCAGCGCAGGCUGGAGCCUGACAGUUUCUAAUUUCAGCCUGCUGCUCUCGCUUCACUGCACUGCUUUUGUUGUGGUGCUCGGGCCUGUUGAGAAAGCAAGAGGGACGUCUACGGCAGGAACAACAUUACAGGCGACACAACUUUGUAAAUACGAGCGAGAGAGAGAGAGAGAGAGAGAGAGAGAGAGAGAGAGAGAGAGGGGGACCAUGGUGCUCUCCGGCGGGUAUGUCUUCACGCAAGCUGUGCUUGGAACGUUUUGUUACACUUGAAUAUUUAGUAAACAUUUUGUCCUGCUUUAAGAUUGUCAGUGACGAGUGACAUUUUAUCCAUUGUUUUGAGUUGUUUUUUGUUUUGUUUUGUUCGACAUGCAGUUCGUAUCAUCUGUUGGCUGGUGUCAGAGCUUUCCUGGAUCAAGGGCAGGACAUUCUCUAAACCUAAUCAUGCAUUACACACCGAUGAAAAGAACAGGCUUGGAAGAGUGGACCCGAUUGUCAGAUUUGAACCGUGUUCCGUAACCUCUCCGUAACGGCGGAAAGAAAACGUCUUUAAUCUGAUCCGACUGCUUUAUAUUAAAGAAUGAUCGAGGAAGCUCAACGUAGCAGCAGCACCAUGGCAGACAGAAGACAACUGUUUGCUGAGAUGCGAGCUCUACAGUUGGAUUCCAUCAGACUUUCCACUUACAGAACUGCGUGCAAGCUCCGAUUCAUUCAGAAGAGGUGCAAUUUGCACCUAGUGGACAUCUGGAAUGUCAUCGAAGCCUUCCGGGAGAACGGCCUUAACACCAUGGACCUCAACACGGAGUUCUCAGUGGCUCGACUCGAAGCAAUACUGUCCACGAUCUUCUUGCAGCUGAACAAGCGUAUGCCCACUACACACCAGAUCAGUGUGGAGCAAUCCGUGUUACUUCUGCUCAACUUCUUGCUGGCGGCAUAUGACCCGGAAGGUCUAGGCAAGAUCUCGGUAUUUGUCGUGAAGAUGGCGCUUGCUACGUUAUGUGGAGGGAAGAUUCUGGACAAAUUAAGAUACAUUUUUUCUCAGAUAGCAGAUCCCACAGGUGUGAUGGUUUAUUCCCAGUUUGACCAGUUCUUGAAGGAGGUGCUCAAGCUUCCCGUUACUGUUUUUGAAGGACCGUCUUUUAGCUAUGCCGAGCAGACCGCACGGACUUGCUUUGCACAACAAAAGCAGGUUUCUCUGAACGUGUUCCUGGACACCUUCAUGUCCGAUCCUCCGCCACAGUGUCUUGUAUGGUUGCCGCUUAUGCAUCGGCUGGCUAACGUGGAGAACGUCUUCCACCCCGUUGAGUGCUCCUACUGCCACAGCCAAAGCAUGAUGGGAUUUCGCUAUCGGUGCCAACAAUGCCAUAAUUACCAGCUCUGUCAGGAGUGCUUCUGGAAGGGCCUUGCCUCCGGCUCCCAUAGCAACCAGCACCAGAUGAAGGAAUACACGUCAUGGAAAUCUCCUGCUAAGAAGUUAUCGAACGCUCUUAGUAAGUCUCUGAGCUGUGCCUCUAACCGGGAGCAACUCCAUCCCGUGUUCUCCGACGUUCCUGAGAAACCUCUCAACCUUGCUCACGUGGUGCCUCCAAGGCCAGCGAACAGUGGGAACGAGUACACGCUGUCCCACACCAUGCCUUCGACCAACAAGCCCUUCAGAGUAGCCGGGAACGAGGACGUUAAACAGAGGAUACUCCUGACUAGGGAUACCCCAGACCUACUGAAAGGGAAAGGGGUUCAGUACAGCCUUGAUAUUGCGGACAGACUCGCAGACGAACAUGUUCUCAUCGGGUUAUAUGUGAACCUCCUCCAAAAGAACCGCACCGGUUUGCUGGAAAGCAGGACUAAUAACCAGGAUGAUGAGCACUACCUCAUUGCCCGCUAUGCUUCCCGGUUGGCUGCCGACAGAACAUCAGUGCAAGCCAGAGUGCCGACUGACCUGUCUCUCUCUCUGGACACGAACAAACAACAGAGGCAACUCAUCGCUGAACUGGAAAGCAAGAACAAGGAAAUCUUGCAGGAGAUUCAGCGGUUAAGACAGCAGCAUGAUGAAGCAUCUGAACCUCUAGCUGACAAAAGCCAGCAAAACCCUACACUGCUCGCUGAGCUUCGCCUUCUUAGGCAGAGGAAGGAAGAACUGGAGGACAGGAUGUCGGCUCUUCAAGAGAGCCGUAGAGAACUGAUGGUGCAGCUGGAACAGCUCAUGUUACUGUUAAAGGAGGAAGAACGGAAGCAGAAUCAGGGUCCAGGCUCCUCCUCUCGCUCCUCCCCGAGCCACACAGCCAGCAGCUCCAUCCCCAUGCCUGUACCGGCAACUUCCGGCAACACGACACCCAGUCAGACGCCUCAGGACUCGCUCAUGGGGCUUGGAGGAGACGUCAUACAGGCUUUUUCUCAGAGUUCAAGACGUAACUUAAGAAACGACCUGCUCGUGGCUGCGGACUCCAUCACCAGCACCAUGUCCUCGCUGGUUAAAGAGCUUCACUCGGAAGCAGGAAGCGAGUGCGACAGUAACGUUGACGGAGAAGCUGACGGACUCGAGUCACGGAUGCUAGAUGAGGACCUAGAAGGAGAGGGAGGCUACGAGAAGGAGUUGGAGCGGCGUCUGGAGAGAGAACUCCGGAUGGACGAGAAAACCCCUGCUGGAGAAAGUCUACAUGGUAGAGGAAUCGCGCAGUACUGAAGGGCCGAGCGCUCGACGACGCAAACGAAUCUACUGAGCAUUAACACCACCUUCUGUAAAUAUACAUGUCUUUUGUUUUUCGAAAUAUACAGAAUUGUGUUUUAGAGAAAAAAAAAAUUAUAUAUAUAUAUAUAUAUACUGUGAACUGACUCAGAGAUUAUGCAGAGCAGAUAUGUCAUAACACCAUCAGUGCCAUAAAAACGAAGACACACGGACGUUAUUUUACCGACAUUUCGCGUACUGUACCGUUUUCAGAAAGUGGCGGGAAAAUCAGGUUUAACAAAGCUGCUAUCUUUUAUAGCGUACGUCACACCUCGCGCUGACUUGCCCGCUAGCUUCGCUGUCUUUACGUCGCAUCGAUUUGAGAUUGGGAUCGUGUGGUUGUUCUUUUCUUUUGAUUUGAAUUCGAAGCAAAACUUCUAAAGGUAUAAAAUCGUGUGUAUAUAUACACACACACACACAGUAAAAUUCCAAACGAAUACACUGCCUUAGCUUAGGUAAAUCAGGUUAACCCUCGAAGAAUUAUACUGGAUUAUUAGGAAUUCUUUGUUUUAUUUUUUUCAACAAAUGAUCGUUUCACACUGGUACGCUUCAUUUCCUGCAGAGUUAAGUAGGCCAACUCUUUUGAAGCGAAUUAAAAGCGACAAGAAGCUGACCCGCGUUCAGAAGUAUUCGAAUGCGAUAAAAUUCUUCCGUACGGUCCGAGUUAAAACACUGCGUCGAUUACCGUGUUCGUUAAUUAAGCGCUUACUCCUAAGCACACGUUUGAAGUCAUAUGUUUGUUCGUGUACUAAACGAGUACGGUGUUUUCAUUUAAACAGGUUUUUUUUUGUUUUUUUAAAUGUAUUGAAUUUUUUUUAAAGGGUCACGGUUGCAGCACGGCAGUUGUUUAUAAGUGUCGUUUAUAUAACUGUAUAUCCCACACCACUUGUACACACUUGAAAUAAUAGCCUGCCCACCAUUUUGAACUGGUCUGUUACACUUUGCAUGGUGCAAGUAAAAUAAAUAAAUAAAUGAAGGAAUGAAUAAAUAAAGAUAUUCUGUUGUAUUCGGACUGCACGACUGUCACGUCUUUGGGCAGCACAUUUUCACACAGCUCCAUCAACGGGUCUCUGAUAGUUCCUAUAUGGUAGCGUUUCUAUAGUAACAGCUUACACUGGGGCCGGAUGCUUGGUCUCAGUUUAUUUAGGAGUGUUCAGAGUUUUAAAAAUUGCAAUCGCUGGCAAAUUUCGGUGCUGUUCAAGAAAUCAAACAGACGCUGUUGGAAAAUAAUCCACUUCUGGGUGGGAACAGUGCCCCUGCUUCAUCGCACUACCCCCUGUCGUUGAUUAUUUGCCUACAUCAGCAUGCCCUGCAAGCGUUUUAUAAGGAAUAAAACGCAUGCAAAUGGAGAUUGUACCAGGUGUACCAGUUGUACCAGUCCUUCCAUACCUCAGGGGGAACUUUUAGGGUUAAGGAUCCCUUAAACUGUAAAAGAAAUUCCAGACUUAUUUCAUGAACGAUGUCUAAACGUACACAAAUUGUUAUUGUGUACUUAUUAGAGAUUUAUUUCCCCCUGAAGUUUCCACUGACGGACCACUUUUUUUGGUUUUUUUUUUUUAUGGGCAAAGUUUUGUUUUGUUUCUGCACUACCGAGGAGGUGGAGAUAAAGAAUUCUAUAAUAAAUCCCAAGGUCGAUGAUGUUUGGUUUUCAAACAUUUUUAAAAUCAUGGUCCUUUUGGACUAGUUUGGGCCUACACUGAGAUCCCCAAAUAAAAUAGGAGCAGCUGGCCAAAGAGGAUCUUUGGAAUUUUUAAAAUAAAUAAAUAAAUAAAUAAAUAAAUAAUAAAAAAGUCCAUAUGAACGCAAAUGGUCUGGGUUUUGUGCUAUGGUGUACAAAAGAGCAGUUGCUUUUGCUUUCCGGUGUUGUAAAAACAAAAACAAAACACCAACCCCAAUGCCCAAAUGAUUCAAAACAAGUUGGAAAGUUGGCUUAAAGUCCAGUUGUGUCCACCAGGGGGCGUUCAUAAUGAAAGCCAUAUAAAAAGAAAAGUUAAGAGUAGGAAACCCAGGAUCCACUUGUUCCCUGUAUGUGGACACAAUGAACCACAAAAGUAACUAAUUACUCAUUUUCUCCUUGAAUUUCUAGCCAAGUUGAUUGCAGACAGGGGGAAAAAAACCCAGAACACUAGGUUCUGUUUAUUCUACUGAUAAACUCUUUUUCCUAAAAACGAAUUACGGUCCAUUUAUGCGACUAAUCCUGUCCUUUUGGAUUU